AUGGAAUUAGUUGGUGAAUCUUUGCACCAAAAGAAACGUAGGAUUACAUGGAAAAAGGAAGGGUUGGUCCAAAGAUUUCUUGAAGCUUGUAUACACGAGACAAUUAAAAAUGGACGAGAAGGUAGUAGUUUUAAGUCACAGUCGUGGAAGAAUGUUGGAGAAGAAUUGAAAAAGAAACAUAACAUUAUCGUCGACCAACGACAAAUGAAAAAUCACUACGAUUACCUAAAGGGAAAAGACGCAGCAUGUUCUAAAUUGAAAAACAAAACGGGCAAUGUCUACGAUCCAUCAACCAACACCUUCAAUCUAUCCGAUGAGGAAUGGAAGAUAGAAAUUUCACAAAGUAAAUACAUGGAACCAUUGAGAAGUACCGGACUGCUUUACCCUGAACUCUGUGUGCAAUUAUUUGAUGGGGUUGCUAGUGUUGGGCUUGAGAGUUAUGAAACAACAUCUACAAUUCUUGAUCCUUAUGACUCUGAUCCCAACUUGAAUGAAGAUAUACCUGACACACAAGAAACCGGUGGGCCACCCUCAACUCAAGAAACCGAGGAGCCACCCUCAACUCAAGAGUGUUCUUCUCGUUCUCCGGUACAAAGCAAAAAGCGGAAAGCUAAAGAAAUAAAGAAGCAUGGAGGAGCAAAAGAUGACAUUGAUGAUUGCUUGAAGAAGUUAGAGGAACUUGGAUGGGGUGCACCGUUGCAUGAUAUAGCACUCUUUGUUUUAGCCAAAAAUGUUGACUAUAGGAAAAUGUGGAUGCGUUUAGAACGGGCGAAGUGUGAGAAUUAG